CUUGUCAAACCGAUGUGCACUAUAGGCUGAGGGGCAAUAGGCGUUCGGGGCAAUCCCGUUCAAAGCGUCUCGCUGGAUCUAUUGCUCUUCACUCCAUGACCUUAGCCAUGGAAGGCCUGUAGACUAACAUUGAUGGUCUGCAGCAUCUCCAUGUUUUUAUGUAGAGUCUGCCUCCCUGUGCUCGAAUUCGAAUCGAGUCAAACUUCUGGUUAGCAGGGCUGCCAUCCAAGACAGUGUUAUCAUUAUUUCAUCCUAGUCUUAAUUUCAUUGUGACAAUCAGAUCGCAUGUGCAAUGGACUGAUUUUAAUUUUCAUGUUUUUCACGAGAUUCGAUUUCUUAGGCUAUGUCAACGAACGAUCGACUUACUUUAUCGAACCUUUAUCAGAAAAGGCACGAAUUCAUCUUACAAAACGCACCACAUAAGGAUGUCACACAACUAGCCAAGGAUUUUUUUGAGGCCUUUAACCUCUCUACGAAAACCACAGCUCUAGAUACCCUGCAUGCAUCGCUCAAGGCCACCAACAAUAAUGAGAUUGCCGAGAAAUUGAAGGGGAAGGACUUUAAAGAAUGGGCAACCCACUAUUUCAUACAGGCAAAGAAGCAGAAAAAGUUGAGCAUCCAGAACGUUGUGGAAAAGGAGCGCAACAAACUAAAGAUCACCGGAGUACUCAAGGGAUCUGAUUUUAUCAAGUCGGGUAUGGAUCUUCUCACAUCGGAGGAUGAUAGCAUUGCUUCACCGCCUUCAGUACUCCAAACACAAAUUCCAGAAGCUCCUAACCAAGAGGCCCUAGUUGAGCAAGGAGAGGCUGUGACACAUGUAGAUACAACGCUGGUUUCUGCUACUAUGCCAACUGUGCUGCCAUCUCCUACUGAAGUUCAGCCUGACGAUGAAACUAGAGAAGAGGCCGGAUUUGUAUCAAAUUGUACUACAAUCUCGGAAAACCAUUCGUCUAUAGAUUCUGAGGUUAUUGAAGGAGAUGAGAAAUUGAAGCUCUUGGCUAUGAUAGAGAAAGCAAAGCACACAGUGUGUGAGUGGAAGAUAGGUGAUAUCUGUGUGCCUUGUCGUUUCCAAGAUUACCAAAGAGACUGUGUCCAAGCUUUAACUGAAAAAAAAUUGAAAAAACUUGAGAUUGCAGAUGCAAUAGCGAUUAUCGGAGUGUUUGCUCCAUGUAUGCCCACUCCAAGGAUGAUGAUUCAUUUUGAUGAAGAUUUUCUUUCUCAAUUGAAAAAGCAAUAUACCCUUCCAGAGCCCUCCUUUGAUGACGCUUCCAUCAUGAAAGCUGUGAGACAUUGUCUCAAUAGCGAUAAAGACAGUGCUUGUACAUGUCUUAAGUCUUUGGAUAGGAAAUUACGCAUCAUGUUGGAAACACUGAUUGAAGAGCUUCCAAUUAAGGAGGACAGGUCAAUAUCCGAAUCAACAUUCGUUGCCAACUACAUUUCGCCAAUUCUGAGAGGGAUGCUUGGCUGCGAAAAGGUUUCAGUACAAUUCCCAAACACUUCAUCUGAGGUUCAACGGGAACUAGGUCUUAAGGCGGAUCGUCCAGACAUUAUUGCAAAGACAAAAAAUAGCGAGAUACUUUACGGCGAAGUGACAGGAUUGUCUCAAGAGCAUUCAGAAACAAAGAAUAUGUGGGAUACAUUCCGUCUUGCUAGGCACGGGAAGGCAUUAGUUGAUUCAGGUUUUAAUUCAGUGCCAUUACUACAAAUUGUGUACAGCACUGGGACUUACAUGCGGUUGGAAUAUAAGUCAAGAGGGAUGUCUAUUUUAGAGGAGAUUGGAAACUUUGAGAUCCCGACAACUGCAUCAAAGAUCCCAUCCCUUGUAGGGACACUUCCUACACUUAUUGCGGUAAAGGUAGCUAUGCUCCCAUGGAUUGUUCUGAAUUAUUUUUUAUCGCACGUAAUUCUAUUUAUUAACCAAUGAGUCUCAAUUUAUCAGGAGGAGAUAAGACUAAUUCUAAGACUCAACGGCCGGAAACGACGUUCAUUAGGGUUUGAGGAUAUUCAAAAUAUGAAAAAGAGAAUGGUGUAGAUUGUCAAUGAUGCUUGUAGGAAG